AUGGCUCAAUCUCAACUCACAAAUCCUUCGACAGCACUUAAUACAACUUCGUCGCCAGAAGUACAUUAUGAGCUUGAGGACCGCGUCAUUAAGAUCAAUUUUAGACCACAAGGUCCCUGGAGACAAGGGGGAGAAGACGAUAUUAUUAGCAAAAUUCAGCAACAUGCCGCCACCGCUGUAGAACUCAUUUUUGAUAUUGACUUCUCUCAGCCUGGCACGUCUGCUCAGGGUGACAAUAAGAUCAUUAAGAAUCGUAUCAUGAAGAUACGGGAUGGCAUCAACGGUGGUGACGAUCCAGCAACCAAAGUACCCAAUGAUAUCGCCGAUGUUCAAGUUACGGUUCAUAUGCGCCGAUGGAGUACCGCGGCAAUGACAUGCUUUGGUUCUUCUUGA